AUUUUCUUUUUCUUUCUUUUCUUUCUUUUUUUUUUUAAAGUAUUUCUCUCGCGAGAAACCGCUGCGCAGACGAUACUUGAAGAGGUGGGGAAAGGAGGGGGCCGCGGGCGGCGCGGCAGAGACUGUGGGUGCCACCGGCGGCCACAGCUGGGACAGCUGCGCACGGAACCGGGCAGCGGCGGCCGCGGCCGGGAGCGAGCCACAGCGGCCACCGCGCGGGAAGCCGGAGCCGCCGCUUCUCCUCUGGCGGGGGCCGCCUGGAGUGGGAGCAGCGCCCGGAGGAGGCGGGAGAGGAGCUCGGCCCCGGCCCCGGCGGCGGAGAGAGAGCGGGACCCCGGCGGGCGGCGCGGUGCGCGUCAGGGCGCAGCGGCGGCGGUGGACUGAGCCGGCGGCCGCUCGGCCAGCAUCAUGCGGCGAGGGGGGCUGCUGGAAGUCGCCCUGGGAUUUACCGUCUUCCUAGCCUCCUACACGAGCCACGGGGUGGAUGGGAAUUUGGAGGCUGGGAGCGUGAAGGAGACCAGAGCCAGCCGGGCCAAGAGAAGAGGCGGCGGGGGACAUGACGCGCUGAAAGGACCUAAUGUUUGUGGAUCACGUUAUAAUGCUUACUGUUGCCCUGGAUGGAAAACCUUACCUGGUGGAAAUCAGUGUAUUGUCCCCAUUUGCCGGCAUUCCUGUGGGGAUGGAUUCUGCUCUAGGCCAAAUAUGUGCACUUGCCCAUCUGGUCAGAUAUCUCCUUCCUGUGGCUCCAGAUCCAUUCAACACUGCAAUAUUCGUUGCAUGAAUGGCGGCAGCUGCAGUGAUGACCACUGUCUUUGCCAGAAAGGAUACAUAGGGACUCAUUGUGGGCAACCUGUAUGUGAAAGUGGCUGUCUCAAUGGAGGCAGGUGUGUGGCUCCAAACCGCUGUGCGUGCACUUACGGAUUUACUGGACCCCAGUGCGAGAGAGAUUACCGGACAGGUCCAUGUUUUACUGUGGUCAGCAACCAGAUGUGCCAGGGACAGCUCAGUGGGAUUGUCUGCACCAAAACCCUCUGCUGUGCUACUGUGGGCCGAGCCUGGGGACACCCGUGCGAGAUGUGUCCUGCCCAGCCCCACCCCUGUCGCAGGGGCUUCAUUCCAAAUAUCCGCACUGGAGCUUGUCAAGAUGUGGAUGAAUGCCAGGCCAUCCCUGGGCUCUGUCAAGGAGGAAAUUGCAUUAAUACUGUUGGGUCUUUUGAAUGCAAAUGCCCAGCUGGACACAAAUUUAAUGAAGUGUCACAAAAAUGUGAAGAUAUUGAUGAAUGCAGCACCAUUCCUGGGAUCUGCGAAGGAGGUGAAUGUACAAAUACAGUCAGCAGUUACUUUUGUAAAUGCCCCCCUGGUUUUUACACAUCUUCUGAUGGCACCAGAUGCAUAGACGUCCGCCCUGGGUACUGUUAUAAGACUCUGGCAAAUGGACGUUGUUCUAACCAGCUGCCACAGUCCAUCACUAAAAUGCAGUGCUGCUGUGACUCAGGCCGAUGCUGGUCACCUGGGGCCACUAUCGCUCCUGAAAUGUGUCCCAUCAGAGCAACAGAGGAUUUCAACAAGCUGUGCUCUGUGCCUAUGGUAAUUCCCGAGAGACCAGGAUAUCCUCCCCCGCCCCUUGGCCCCCUUCCUCCAGUCCACCCUGUUCCUCCUGGCUUUCCCCCUGGACCUCACCUUCCGGGCCCUCGACCACCAGUGGACAUAUAUCCAUCUCGGGAGCCACCAAGGGUCCUGCCAGUCAACAUCACUGAUUACUGUCAGCUGUUUCGCUAUCUCUGUCAAAAUGGACGCUGCAUUCCAACUCCUGGGAGCUACCGGUGUGAGUGCAACCAAGGAUUCCAGCUGGACCUCCGUGGGGAGUGCAUUGACGUUGAUGAAUGUGAGAAAAACCCUUGUGCUGGUGGAGACUGUGUGAAUACCCAGGGCUCUUACUACUGUCAGUGCCGAACUGGAUAUCAGAGUACACUCACGCGGACAGAAUGCCGAGACAUCGAUGAAUGCUUGCAGAAUGGCCGUAUUUGCAACAAUGGGCGUUGCAUCAACACGGAUGGCAGUUUCCAUUGUGUGUGUAACGCAGGAUUUCAUGUUACACGAGAUGGGAAGAACUGUGAAGAUAUGGAUGAAUGCAGCAUAAGGAACAUGUGUCUAAAUGGAAUGUGUAUCAAUGAAGAUGGCAGUUUUAAAUGUAUCUGCAAACCUGGAUUCCAGCUGGCAUCAGAUGGACGUUAUUGCAAAGAUAUCAAUGAAUGUGAAACACCUGGAAUCUGCAUGAAUGGGCGAUGUGUCAACACUGAUGGCUCCUACAGAUGCGAAUGUUUUCCCGGACUGGCCGUAGGUCUGGAUGGACGUGUGUGUGUGGACACACACAUGCGGAGCACAUGCUAUGGUGGAUACAAGAGAGGCCAGUGUGUGAAACCCUUGUUUGGUGCCGUUACAAAAUCUGAAUGUUGUUGUGCCAGCACUGAGUAUGCAUUUGGGGAACCUUGCCAGCCUUGUCCUGCACAGAAUUCAGCGGAAUAUCAGGCACUCUGCAGUAGUGGGCCAGGAAUGACAUCAGCAGGCAGUGAUAUAAAUGAAUGUGCAUUAGAUCCUGACAUUUGCCCAAAUGGAAUUUGUGAAAAUCUCCGUGGGACCUACAAAUGUAUUUGCAAUUCAGGAUAUGAAGUGGAUUCAACUGGAAAGAACUGUGUUGAUAUUAAUGAAUGUGCAUUGAACAGUCUACUCUGUGACAAUGGGCAGUGUAGAAACACACCUGGAAGUUUUGUCUGUACCUGCCCCAAGGGAUUUAUAUACAAACCUGACUUAAAAACUUGUGAAGACAUUGAUGAAUGUGAGUCAAAUCCUUGCAUUAAUGGAGUCUGCAAGAACAGCCCGGGCUCUUUCAUUUGUGAAUGUUCUUCUGAAAGUACUUUGGAUCCAACAAAAACCAUCUGCAUAGAAACCAUCAAGGGUACCUGCUGGCAGACUGUCAUUGAUGGACGGUGUGAGAUCAACAUCAAUGGAGCCACCUUAAAGUCCGAGUGUUGCUCCUCCCUCGGUGCUGCCUGGGGGAGCCCGUGUACCCUAUGCCAAGUCGACCCCAUAUGUGGUAAAGGCUAUUCAAGAAUUAAAGGAACACAAUGUGAAGAUAUAAAUGAAUGUCAAGUCUUCCCAGGAGUAUGUAAAAAUGGUGUAUGUGUUAACUCUGAAGGAUCAUUUAAGUGUGAGUGUCCCACUGGAAUGACUUUGGAUAACACAGGGAGGAUCUGCUUAGAUAUUCGCCUGGAAACCUGCUACCUGAGGUAUGAUGAUGAGGAAUGCACUCUUCCCGUUGUCGGACGCCACCGCAUGGACGCCUGCUGCUGCUCUGUGGGGGCAGCCUGGGGCAGCCAGGAAUGUGAGGAGUGUCCCAUGAGGAACACUCCUGAGUAUGAGGAACUCUGUCCCCGAGGACCUGGAUUUGCCACAAAAGAAAUCACAAAUGGGAAGCCUUUCUUCAAAGAUAUCAAUGAGUGUAAGAUGAUCCCCAGCCUGUGUACACAUGGCAAGUGCAGAAACACCAUCGGCAGCUUUAAGUGCAGGUGUGACAGUGGCUUUGCUCUUGAUGCUGAAGAAAGAAACUGCACAGACAUUGACGAAUGUCGCAUAUCUCCUGACCUCUGUGGCCGAGGCCAGUGCGUGAACACCCCAGGGGACUUCGAAUGCAAGUGUGAUGAAGGCUAUGAAAGUGGAUUCAUGAUGAUGAAGAACUGCAUGGAUAUCGAUGAGUGCCAGAGAGACCCUCUCCUGUGCCGAGGAGGUGUUUGCCUGAACACAGAAGGAAGCUACCGCUGUGAUUGUCCUCAGGGUCAUCAGUUGUCCCCCAACAUCUCAGCCUGCAUAGACAUCAAUGAGUGUGAGCUAAGUGCCAACCUCUGCCCCAAUGGCCGCUGUGUGAACCUUAUUGGGAAGUAUCAGUGUGCCUGCAACCCCGGCUACCACUCAACUCCAGACAGGCUGUUCUGUGUGGACAUUGAUGAAUGCAGCAUAAUGAAUGGUGGCUGUGAAACCUUCUGUACAAACUCGGAAGGCAGCUAUGAAUGUAGCUGUCAGCCAGGAUUCGCACUAAUGCCCGACCAGAGGUCAUGUACUGACAUUGAUGAGUGUGAAGAUAACCCUAAUAUCUGUGAUGGUGGUCAGUGUACAAACAUCCCUGGAGAGUACAGGUGCUUGUGUUAUGAUGGAUUCAUGGCCUCUGAAGACAUGAAGACGUGUGUAGAUAUCAAUGAAUGCGACCUGAAUCCCAACAUCUGCCUGAGUGGAACCUGUGAAAACACUAAGGGCUCAUUUAUCUGUCACUGCGAUAUGGGCUAUUCUGGCAAGAAAGGAAAAACUGGCUGCACAGACAUCAAUGAAUGCGAGAUUGGAGCUCACAACUGUGACAGACAUGCCGUCUGUACCAACACAGCAGGAAGCUUCAAAUGCAGCUGCAGCCCUGGGUGGAUUGGAGAUGGCAUCAAAUGCACUGAUCUGGAUGAAUGCUCCAAUGGGACCCACAUGUGCAGCCAACAUGCAGACUGCAGGAACACCAUGGGCUCUUACCGCUGCCUCUGCAAGGAAGGCUACACAGGCGAUGGCAUCACGUGUACAGAUAUCGAUGAGUGCUCUGAGAAUGUGAAUCUGUGUGGCAACGGUCAGUGCCUGAAUGCACCAGGGGGAUACCGCUGUGAAUGCGACAUGGGUUUCGUGCCCAGUGCUGAUGGGAAAGCCUGUGAAGAUAUCGAUGAGUGCUCCCUUCCAAACAUCUGUGUUUUUGGAACUUGCCACAAUCUUCCUGGCCUGUUCCGUUGUGAGUGUGAAGUCGGCUAUGAACUGGACAGAAGUGGAGGGAACUGCACAGAUGUUAAUGAAUGUCUGGAUCCAACCACUUGCAUCAGUGGGAACUGUAUCAACACUCCAGGGAGUUACACCUGUGACUGUCCCCCUGACUUUGAACUGAAUCCAACUCGAGUCGGUUGUGUUGAUACCCGCUCUGGAAACUGCUAUUUGGAUAUCAGACCUCGAGGAGACAAUGGAGACACAGCUUGUAGCAAUGAAAUUGGAGUUGGUGUUUCCAAAGCUUCCUGCUGUUGUUCUCUGGGGAAAGCCUGGGGCACUCCUUGUGAGCUGUGCCCCCCUGUGAACACAUCUGAGUACAAAAUACUUUGUCCUGGAGGAGAAGGCUUUCGGCCAAAUCCCAUCACUGUUAUUUUGGAAGAUAUUGAUGAGUGCCAGGAGCUUCCUGGAUUGUGUCAAGGUGGGAAAUGUAUCAACACCUUCGGCAGUUUCCAGUGUCGCUGCCCCACAGGCUACUACCUGAAUGAAGAUACCCGCGUGUGUGAUGAUGUGAAUGAAUGUGAAACUCCUGGAAUCUGUGGUCCAGGGACAUGUUACAACACCGUGGGCAACUAUACCUGUAUUUGCCCUCCAGACUACAUGCAAGUGAAUGGGGGAAAUAAUUGCAUGGAUAUGAGAAGAAGUUUGUGCUACAGAAACUACUAUGCUGACAACCAGACCUGUGAUGGAGAACUGUUAUUCAAUAUGACCAAAAAAAUGUGCUGUUGUUCCUAUAACAUUGGUCGGGCCUGGAAUAAGCCCUGUGAACAGUGUCCCAUCCCAAGCACAGAUGAAUUUGCUACACUCUGUGGAAGUCAGAGACCAGGUUUCGUCAUUGAUAUUUACACUGGCUUACCUGUUGAUAUUGAUGAAUGCCGGGAGAUCCCUGGGGUUUGUGAAAAUGGAGUGUGUAUCAACAUGGUGGGCAGCUUCAGAUGUGAAUGUCCAGUGGGCUUCUUCUACAAUGACAAGUUGUUGGUUUGUGAAGAUAUCGACGAGUGUCAGAAUGGUCCAGUGUGCCAGCGCAAUGCGGAAUGUAUCAACACCCCUGGCAGCUUCCGCUGCGACUGCAAGCCUGGCUACCGCUUCACCUCCACUGGGCAGUGCAAUGAUCGCAAUGAAUGCCAAGAAAUUCCUAAUAUAUGCAGCCAUGGACAAUGUAUUGACAUAGUUGGAAGUUUUUACUGUAUCUGCCAUACAGGUUUUAAAACAAAUGCUGAUCAAACCAUGUGUUUGGAUAUAAAUGAGUGUGAAAGAGAUGCCUGUGGAAAUGGAACUUGCCGAAACACAAUUGGAUCUUUCAACUGCCGCUGCAACCAUGGUUUCAUUCUUUCUCAUAACAACGACUGUAUAGAUGUUGAUGAAUGUGCAACUGGAAAUGGGAACCUUUGCAGAAAUGGCCAGUGUAUUAAUACAGUGGGGUCCUUCCAGUGUCAGUGCAAUGAAGGUUAUGAGGUGGCUCCAGAUGGAAGAACCUGUGUGGACAUCAAUGAAUGUGCUCUGGAUCCUGGAAAAUGUGCACCAGGCACCUGCCAAAACUUGGAUGGGUCCUACAGGUGCAUUUGUCCACCUGGAUACAGUCUACAGAAUGACAAGUGUGAAGAUAUUGAUGAGUGUGUGGAAGAGCCAGAAAUCUGUGCCUUGGGAACAUGCAGUAACACUGAAGGCAGCUUCAAAUGCCUGUGUCCAGAAGGGUUUUCCUUGUCCUCCACUGGGAGAAGGUGCCAAGAUUUGCGGAUGAGCUACUGCUACGCCAAGUUUGAAGGGGGAAAGUGUUCAUCACCCCAAUCCAGAAAUCACUCCAAACAGGAAUGCUGCUGUGCCCUGAAAGGAGAAGGUUGGGGGGACCCCUGCGAGCUCUGCCCCACUGAGCCUGAUGAGGCUUUCCGCCAGAUCUGUCCCUAUGGAAGUGGGAUCAUUGUGGGUCCUGAUGACUCAGCAGUGGACAUGGAUGAGUGCAAAGAGCCUGACGUCUGCAAGCAUGGCCAGUGCAUCAAUACAGAUGGCUCCUACCGCUGCGAGUGUCCCUUUGGUUAUAUUCUGGAAGGGAAUGAAUGUGUAGAUACUGAUGAAUGUUCCGUGGGCAACCCUUGUGGAAAUGGGACUUGCAAGAAUGUGAUUGGAGGCUUUGAAUGCACCUGUGAGGAGGGAUUUGAACCUGGUCCAAUGAUGACUUGUGAAGAUAUCAAUGAAUGUGCCCAGAAUCCUCUGCUCUGUGCUUUCCGAUGUGUAAACACAUAUGGGUCAUAUGAAUGCAAAUGUCCUGCUGGAUAUGUUCUGAGAGAAGACAGGAGGAUGUGCAAAGAUGAGGAUGAGUGCGAGGCGGGAAAACAUGACUGUGCUGAAAAGCAAAUGCAGUGCAAGAACCUCAUUGGCAUGUACAUGUGCAUCUGUGGGCCGGGGUACCAGCGGAGGCCGGAUGGAGAAGGCUGCAUAGAUGAGAACGAGUGCCAGACCAAGCCGGGCAUCUGUGAGAACGGGCGCUGCCUCAACACUGUGGGGAGCUUCACCUGUGAGUGCAACGAUGGCUUCACGGCCAGCCCUGAGCAGAAUGAGUGCCUCGACAACCGAGAAGGGUACUGCUUCACAGAAGUCCUCCAAAACAUGUGUCAGAUCGGCUCAAGCAACAGGAACCCAGUCACCAAGUCUGAGUGCUGCUGUGACGGAGGGAGAGGCUGGGGUCCCCAGUGUGAGAUCUGCCCUUUCCAGGGUACUGUGGCCUUCAAAAAGCUCUGCCCACUUGGACGAGGAUUUAUGACCAAUGGAGCAGAUAUUGAUGAGUGCAAGGUUAUUCAUGAUGUCUGCCAAAAUGGGGAGUGUGUCAAUGACCAAGGCUCUUAUCACUGCCUCUGUAAAAAUGGCUACACUCCAGAUAUAACUGGGACUGCCUGUGUGGAUCUGAACGAGUGCAAUCAGGCCCCCAAGCCGUGCAAUUUUAUCUGCAAAAACACAGAGGGGAGUUACCAGUGUUCAUGCCCAAAAGGCUACAUUCUACAGGAUGAUGGAAGGAGCUGUAAAGAUCUUGAUGAGUGUGCAACAAAGCAGCACAACUGCCAGUUCCUGUGUGUCAACACCAUCGGUGGCUUCACGUGUAAAUGCCCUCCUGGGUUUACCCAGCACCAUACUGCCUGUAUUGAUAACAACGAGUGCACCUCUGACAUCAACCUGUGUGGGUCUAAGGGUGUUUGCCAGAAUACACCUGGCAGCUUCACCUGUGAAUGCCAGCGAGGAUUCUCUCUCGAUCAGAGUGGUGCCAGCUGUGAAGAUGUGGACGAGUGUGAGGGGAACCACCGUUGCCAGCAUGGCUGCCAGAACAUCAUCGGGGGCUACAGAUGCAGCUGCCCCCAGGGGUACCUCCAACACUACCAGUGGAACCAGUGUGUUGAUGAGAAUGAAUGCCUCAGUGCUCACAUCUGCGGAGGAGCCUCCUGUCACAACACGCUGGGGAGCUACAAGUGCAUGUGUCCCACUGGCUUCCAGUUUGAACAGUUCAGCGGAGGGUGCCAAGACAUCAACGAGUGCGGUUCCUCUCAGGCCCCCUGCAGUUAUGGCUGCUCCAACACUGAGGGCGGCUACCUGUGCGGCUGCCCACCUGGUUACUUCCGAAUAGGCCAAGGGCACUGUGUCUCUGGAAUGGGCAUGGGCCGAGGAGGCCCAGAGCCACCUGCCAGCAGUGAAAUGGAUGACAACUCACUCUCCCCAGAGGCUUGUUACGAGUGUAAGAUCAACGGCUACCCCAAGAGGGGCAGGAAACGGAGGAGCACAAAUGCAACAGAUGCCUCCAACCUUGAGGUGGGUCAGAAGGAUCAGUCUGAGAUGGAAGCCAACGUGAGCCUGGCAAGUUGGGACAUUGAGAAGACAGCUACAUUUGCUUUCAAUAUUUCCCACAUCAGUAACAAGGUCCGAAUCCUAGAACUCCUUCCAGCCCUUACGACCCUAACGAAUCACAACAGAUACUUGAUUGAAUCUGGAAAUGAAAAUGGCUUCUUUAAAAUCAACCAAAAGGAAGGGAUCAGCUACCUCCACUUCACAAAGAAGAAGCCAGUGGCUGGAACCUAUUCAUUACAAAUCAGUAGCACUCCACUUUACAAAAAGAAAGAACUGAAUCAGCUAGAAGACAAAUAUGACAAAGACUACCUCAGUGGUGAACUGGGUGAUAAUCUGAAGAUGAAAAUUCAGAUCUUGCUUCAUUAAUUCACCAUCCAGAGACCAAAUAAUUAAAAACAAACAAACAAACAAACAAAAAACAAAGAUAGAUAGGUAGAACUGAAUUUUCUCCCCAAUCAGUCUUCAUAUUGUAGGUACAACUUUCACCAACUAAAUGUCUAUAUGCAAGCACUAUUCUUGUAUUGCCAAAGCAAGGUACCAGUGACUACCCUAGUGCAAAACAACCACUUUCUCAGGCUUCUCAUGCGUGUAGCCAAGCUACCUUGUCAUAUGUGCUGACUCCAGCAAACUGGGACAUGUGUUUCCCUGGGGGUUGGCCAACCGUGUGACACGCCACCCUUUUUGGAGACGUACAGAAAUGUGCUUUCCAUUGGUGGACUCUUCUAUUUCUUUUUUUUUUUUCCAAAUUUUCAACUUUGCUUCUCCAAAUACCAGUACUAGGUUGGUCAUUUAUAAUAUCUAUUUGGUGCUAGUAAAUCCUCAAACUAGAUUUAUAAAUGCACUGUAAUAUGUACACAACUUAGAAACCAAAUUACAGCAUUCAGUUCAAAUAUUUCAUUAAUGUCAAACCAACCAAAGUUAGUUCGGUAGCUUCUCUCAAAUAUGAAUAUAAUACAUUACAUGUAAAUUAAGUGUGUGUAUACUGUAAUCCUGCUCUUUUUUUUAUCAUUGAAACAUUUAUACACUAGGAUAAUAAUGCCCUUACUGUGAGGGUUUGUAAUGGUGCUUCUUCAGACCAAAGACUUGUUAAGUGUCUAUACAAAGUGGUAAUGAGAUUUCUGUGAUGGGCCUACUCCCGCAUGGAGGUCUGGGAAGGUCCGUCAUCAGUCCCAGCCCCAGAGGACCACCACUGCAGACUUCAUCACAUCUGUGCAAUAUGCCAAGAUUACCCUUGGCCAAUCCUGUCAACAAGGGGUCCAUGUCAUAAAUGUCACAAUAAAACAGUCUCUUCUUUUUUU